AUGUGGAAGUUUGGAGCUGAAAAGACUUUGAUAGCUGAAAUCAAUGUAGAGGGUGGAAGCUUCAACACAUUUGAUGGUCCUGAUGGGAGAUUCAGAGACAGACUACAGCUGGAUCAUCAGACUGGAUCUCUGACCAUCACAAACAUCAGAACUGAACAUGCUGGACUCUAUCUGAUAACCAUCAGCGGCAAAACAGAGACUGAAUACAGAUUCAGUGUCACAGUCUAUCCUCAUCUGCCAGUUCCUGUCAUCAACAGAAACUGUUCAUGCUGUUCAUGUUCAUCUUCAUCAUCAUCAUCAUCAUCUUCGUCAUCAUCUUCAUAUUGUUCACUGCUGUGUUCAGUGGUGAAUGUGGGUCAUGUGACUCUCUCCUGGUACAAAGGAAACAGUUUAUUGUCCAGCAUCAGUGUGUCUGAUCUCAGCAUCAGUCUCUCUCUACCUCUGGAGGUGGAAUAUCAGGAGAAAAACAGCUACAGCUGUGUGAUCAACAAUCCCAUCACAAACCACACCACACAUCUGGACAUCACUCAACUCUGUCACACAUGUUCAGUUUCAGACUCAACAUCUAAAGUACUGAUCUCUGUUGCUGCUGCUGCUGGAUCUCUGCUGAUUGUUGCUGCAGUCGUGAUAGUUUGUAUUUGCAGGAAAUGUAGACAAACAGACAAAGAAGCUGAGACUCAUGAAGACGAGAUCACUUACAUUGAGCCUACAUUCUACAAAAGAGAUGCACAGAAACCGGAUGUUAAAGAGGAUGAUGACGUGGAAUAUGCACUUAUCGUCAAGAGAAGAUGAUCAGACACGUAUCAGACCCGCUUUGUGUCUUUCACAGGAAGCUCCUGUGACUACCUCUGAGUCUGUCAUUUCAUCUCAGCCCUUGAAAACAUGUAGAUUGAGUUUUAGGAUUGUAAGUUUAAUUCAGGGCUGGAUUAAUGAAAUUCUCUCUUAAAGAAAACAAAAUCAUUUUAAUCUUGUGAAACACAAACAUUUUCUUGUUUGACUCUAUAGCCUCCUAAAGAAUUAUAAUUAUUAUUAUUUUAUUAUUAUUUUUUUUUAACAAAUUCCCAAAACGAGAAACAUUUUUGCAUCUGAUUUACAUCUGUGUAGAUUUGCAGGAAACAGUUGUGCUUGAACAUUGCUGAAUGUUUGCGGUUGACUUAAACACAGACACUGCUAAGGCGUCAUUAGCGUGUGGUUAAAUGCCUUUUUUCCAUUUCCAUUUCAUAUGAAACGCAGUCUAACUUUAGCAUUAACCAACCACUUUACCAUGAAAUCCUGAACAGAUACACGAUUCUCUCAGAUAAAAUAGUAUGUGAUAAAAUAUCAGUCAAUUUGAGUGAAGUCUGAUUUGUUACUAUAGCACUUUUUUUCAAUAGCAAUUGUUUCAAAGCAGUUUUACAGAAAACUAUGAUGUUAAAGUUAAAUAAUUUUUUUCAGAUUUGAGCCAGGAGAUAAUCUAAAUGUUUAAAUUGAUGAAGCAGAGUUUUGAUAUAUACUGACCUGCACAAGUAAACUGGAUGUAUGUGGUAUUCUCCAAUAUAAAGAGCUUAUAGUCAAAUCAGGCAGUUAUUUCUGAAAACUACUGAUGUUCUUCAUAUCAAGCCCAAAACAGUUCAUAACCUGUUUUUACCAUCAUUAGAAAUAAAUGCAAUGCAUUGUUCACUGCUGUGAUUGUUAUAUCA